AUCACACACACAUUCACUAACAGCCAAAAAAAGUCAUUAAAAGUAUAUAAUAUAAAAUACACAACUACUUAUGCUCAUAAGGUCAGAUUUGUUUUCCUGCAAGGCCCUGACCGAGUUUGAUCUCUCAGAGGAAAUAAAAUAUAAACGUUUUUUUCAGUUUCAGCCAUACAGUCACAUUUCUGAAAAUGUGAUGUGGGAAUUACUGGAAGCUGUAACUGUACGGAACAAGUUCAGGUCACUCUAAUAUCAGUGACGUAAAUAAGGGGUCAACUUUUUAGAACAAAAAGCAGGUCUAGAGAAAGCUCAUAGACCGUUCUGUGAGACUUGCCUGCAAGAGAGACAUGCAUUCCUUGUGGCGUUUUCACCUCAUUUUGUUUUUCAUCCUUGUUCACCUGAAUUCAGGUAAGACAACACAAAAGAGCUGGAGAUCUGUAAAGUCUAAUUAAUGACUGUCCACCAUAAGGGGUGGGAUGUCUAAUAGGUGAAUAGAUCUCAUACAGUGAAACCUUGUAGCAGCUUUGCCUUUUUACAUUUCUUUUACAUUCAGUGUGUCAUGUGUGCUAUAUCUUUGCCAUUUUAGACCAUCAAUUCAGUUCCAACCUGCCAGACUGUGUUCAUACUUGGUGUCUUUUUUGUUGUUGAUACAAAAAAAUGCUUACCAUGGUGCAUACCUUCUCGUAGUCUAAAGAACAGGUAUUGCAAAUAAACUUUGAUUUCAUACCCUGCUGUCGUGAGCUGGUCAGAUCAGCAAUGCAUUUCCAACAGAGAAUCACAAUAAUCACAUUAGUUAUCCAAUACUUUUUUAUGUAAAUGUAAAUCAGGUUUAUAGGCCAAGUAUACUUACCUGAUGGAAAAAAUUACAGAUUCAUAAUUUCUACAUCAAUUGCAGAUGUAAUAAUACAAUAUUUCACUUCUAAAGGUUUAUGUGGAAACCACAUCAUGAGAUAUUCCAGGGCAGGAAGUGAUGUCACAAUUCAGUGUCCGAAUGAGACUCAUCCUGGAUGUAACUCAAUAAACUGGACCUACAAAAAAAAUAAAACCACCAAAUAUCCCUUGGUGAUUGAAGGCAAAUUUGAUACACCCGGAAAUAACCGACUGAGACUGGAGCCUGACUGUUCUCUGCACAUUGGUUAUGUCACCACUGUUGAUGCAGGAAUGUACAUCUGUAGAAAAAGCCUGAAAGACAAUAUUUCUGUUCAACUUGCUGUGAUCAGUGGUAAGCCUUCGGAAUAAAUGAAGCCAGAAAUCUUGAAGAUAUCUAGAUAUUCCAUUAUCACAAUACUGAAUUGUGUAAAAAGUCAAUUAAUAUCACUUUAGUGACACCAGACAUAAUUUCACUACAUUUCUUACUUCCAGUAACUAUAUGCAUGUGACAAUAAACUUCCUUGUAUCCUUGUGAUCACUAACCAGACACACUGGAGCUGAGAAAAACAUUCAGAAAAGCAGUAUGGCCUGUGGUAACCUGGUAUAUUAACUGUGACUGCCAAACAUAUGAGUCUGGUUCUUUAGUAUUGUGGUCAAAGUGCAGAGUAAUUGUCCUAAAGACCUUAAUUUAAAGCUGAGUAGGAUGACCGCUCUCUCCUUUCCCCACAUGGUCCUGUUCUACCUUUACUGUGUCUUAUUCUGUCUACUCUUUUAUGUCUCCUCAUUUUCUAGUUUUCAGCUCUAUUCAUGAGUCUAAGCUGAAGGUUAACGAUACAGUGACCAUUCACUGUCUCCUGCACACUUAUGACUCUACCACCCACUGCAAUGCAUACAAAGGGGACUUGAGCCUUGAGUGGGUUGGUUCUGACCAUCAUGAUGUCACUAAAUCCCCAUGCAACAUCAGCACCAGACUGACUCUUACACGGAAUCAGCUGGGGAGGAAAGUGCACUGCAGACUGAAACGUGGAGGAGUGGAAAGGGCAUCAGCUGUUUACACCCUCAGUUUCUCAGAAGAAAGAAGAGAGGAAAAUGUUGUCUGCGAGUCUGCUGUGCAAAUGGAAGUCCUCGAACUGACCAUCGCCUUGACUGCCGCUCUGGCCGUAGUGGCAUGUGUAGCUUUGCUGGUGGUCUUGAGGAAGCAAUCAAAAAAUAAAAAAGUAAAGAGAAAAAAGAAAGUUGGCCAGCAAAACACAGAAGAGGAACACACAUACAUUGAGGUUCACCCCAAAAACCCAACACAUGCUGAGCAGAGGAAGGUUGGUGACCUCUUUCUCUACUGUUUGUUGACUUACAAGCACACUUCUAUGGGUUAUCCAUAGCCUUUAUUAGAUAGGACAGUGAUGAAAACAACUUUUCAAGAUAAAUGACUUUGAAUUUUUGAAUCAAAUUUACAUAUUUAUAUUCUGCAUACAGCCCUGCAUCGACCUCCACAACCUUUAACUCAAAUAAAUGUUUAGAGGAAGUGUUGACAAAGUUGCGACUACUGUCGAGACACCACAGGAAAACUGUUUUAGCGUUCAGGGCUCACUGUCCUCUUCCCUGACUUAGUUAAUCAGCAGUGGGCUUGUUAGUUCAGUCAUUUCAGUCACUUUCAAACUUAGGUCAUCCUGUUGCAACCUAUUGAACUCAUUGUGACACAUACUACAAGAUAAUUACUCUCCAUACAAACUAUGUCAAUGGGGUGAACCGGCUGGGAUGACAUGGUAGAAUUGAGGAAGCUGUGACUCUCACUUGAAUACUGAACUCAGAUCAUAAGACAAACUCAAGAGGACCAAACAUGACAGCAGUCCGACUUGCUUUGAUAGUGCUGCUCCUCUGCCUCACUCAUCCACAACCAGGUAAAUGUGAAGUCCCACAUAUUGUGUAUUCAAAGGAAAGAGAUUAUGUGAAACUGCCAUGUGAAAAUGUAAUUGCUAAAGACUGCUCUGCAACUACAUGGCUCUAUAGCACCUAUAGAACCAGAUCAACUGUUGAAGUGGUCAACCGUGGGAAAAUCAAAUCUGACAACACAAACAUAGCAGACAGACUGAAGCUAGAGCCGGACUGUUCUCUCAAAAUUAUCAACAUCACCUCUCAGGAUGCGAGAGAGUACAUCUGUCGACAGUUCCUGACGGAAGAUGGAAAACAAAAGGGAGAAGACCAUCUUGUUUAUCUUUCUGUACUCACAGUUUCCUCCUCAAUUCCAGCAUCAGAGAUGAAGGCUGACACCACUGUGACCUUCUACUGCCAUUUGGCCAUCCAUGACGAUAGCCAGAAUAACAAGGGUGACAUAAAGCUAGUGUGGACUGACUUUGACCAUCAUCAGGUCAAGGAUCCAUAUAAUAUCUCGUUCACACGAACAUUGACAAAAGAGGACAACAAUAGGAAGCUGCAGUGUAAAGUGGAAUGGAAGGGAGAGCUCAAAGCCACUGUGGACUACAUCAUCAAAGGUCAAGAUGGCUCUCACCCUGUGGGGUUGAUAGGUGCUGUGGUUGGGGCUGUAGCUGUGGCUGUGACUCUGUGUGCAUUUCUAGUAUUUCUCUGGAGGAGGAAAGCAAAGCGUCAGACGGCAAAUGUGAGGUCAGAAAAUGUGAGCACAAAUGUACCAAAGGAGAAAACUGAAGAUGAGAGGAAAACAUCAGGACAAUCAAAACAGGCUCCGGGAGACCAGGGAGUCACCUAUGCAGAAAUUACUAUCACAGCAAACAUCAGGAAAAGCUCAGAUAAACUCCCAGCCCAACAUGAGACGGAGUAUGCCACCGUCAAGACAAAGUGCUGAACACACCACCCCCACUGUAGGUGGUACUUUCUUGAAUUUCCCCUGGGGAUCAAUAAAGUAUCUAUCUAUCUAUCUAUCUAUCUAUCUGGUACUGCAAAAACAUAUUUUCCUACAGUGUUAUUCAUGUACAGCAUCUCUCGGUAGAAUCUUGGUAUAUAGUUUCCUUUUUUUCUUAUUUGUUAAUUUGUUUGUUGUUCGUCUUGUCUUGGAGUCACGGGUACGCUGGCGAUUACACCGGUCCUUCCGGCAUCUUUUGUCUUCUGUGUCAGUCUUGUAUGUGGAGCGGUUUGGGCUGCACUCUGUGCAUAUAAAAAUGCACAUAUAAAAUAAAAAUUACUUGACGUAACUUGACUAUAGUUGGCUUCUUUGUGGGUCUUCUUGGUCGUUACAUUCGUGUCUUUAAAACUGUGUGAGGUGUCACGUGUUGCUUGAUUGUUUUAUUGAUGCUGUUAAGGAUGAGUGUGGACCC